GAUUUUUAAGUUUGGUCAGUGACCAGCAUAUUAAAAUAGCUACCCCCAAAAGGUUACAACACUCACUUAAAUAACACCAGGCACUAAUUUUUUUCUCUUCAAUUGCUUUCUGUUCUUCUUUAUUCAAAUUCCCAACCACCCUAAUAUACUGCAUCAUGGAAAACAACAUGGUGAUGGUGCAUGAAAUCCCUUUUCCUCCUGAGAUCAAGACCACCAAGCCAUUAUCUCUAUUGGGUUAUGGUAUCACAGACAUGGAGAUACACUUUCUUCAAAUCAAGUUCACAGCAAUUGGAGUGUACUUGGACUCCGAUGUUGUGAAACAUCUACAACAAUGGAAAGGGAAAAAGGGGAACGAACUAGCUGAAGACGAUGACUUCUUUGAUGCCCUUAUCUCAGCCCCUGUGGAGAAGUAUUUAAGGAUUGUGGUGAUCAAGGAGAUCAAAGGGUCCCAAUACGGAGUUCAGCUAGAGAGUUCAGUAAGGGAUCGUUUGGCUGCAGAGGACAUGUAUGAAGAAGAAGAAGAAGCUGCUUUGGAGAAAAUCGUUGAGUUUCUCCAGUCCAAAUAUUUUAAGAAAGACACUCUUAUUACUUUCCAUUUCCCAGCUACUUCUCCCACUGCUGAGAUUGUGGUGACGCUCGAAGGGAAAGAAGAGUCGAAGCUAAAAGUGGAGAAUAAAAAUGUGGUUGACAUGAUCAAAAAAUGGUAUCUGGGAGGGACCAGUGGGGUGUCUCCAUCAACCAUUUCUUCCUUGGCUGAUAACCUCUCUGCUGAGUUAUCUAAAUAAAGCUUUUGUUCUGCUGCUUAUGAAAAUGUGGUGCCUCCAAUCUAGUUCUCUAUUUUUCUUUUUUUCUUGCCCAUGGAAAAUGGGACACAUAGUCACUGUAUCUCUCUGCCUUUGGUUAUGAAUAAAAUUAAUGAAGCUUAAUAUAUUUAUUUA